CUUAUUUGAAGCGUAAAGCAAGUUACAGGAAAGAAGAAAUCCAGCGAGAUAGUAUAUUACUGUAGUUACAUUUUAAAUCGUCAAACCAAAGUGAUUCUUCAGUUGAGCACAGGAACAAGUUGUGCUCAUCUACUUCUUACCAGGUUAAACGUGUCCCUGGUUGAAUAUUUAUUACAAAAACACUACGUGAAAGAAACACUCUCCCUUGGACUCGCAGUUAAACAUUAUCGCCAAAAAUGAACGGAGUCCUGAAAAUCUAUGUGUUCGGAACCAUAGUGUCACUGGCAGCUGCAUUCGUCGGACUGGUGGAUUCCUUAGGCAGUUUGAUGCCUGUUCAGAAACUUGAAGUCCAGGAGUGUGAAUAUGCAUGGACUGGAUACCAGCACUGUCCCUGCACAGCAACUCUGCUGCAACAGGGGUCCCUCAGAACCAAAGCUGUGGGGUCAUAACAACUACAGUGAUAUUUGUAACCUUAACAGCGUGCGGUUUACAUUUUUUUAUUAUUAUUUGUUUGUUGAGUAUCUGAUAGAAAAGAUAAGAAAUCAUUAUUGGUACACAUUUCUGCACUAUUUUAUGUGAACAAAAAAGAAACAAGACUGGUAAGGUGAAAAAUGUUAUUUGAAAAACUCUUGUUGUGUUUUGAUUUUAAAAUGUACUUUUGUUGUUACAGUGAACGCUAAAGAGAAAAAUCCACUAAACCGUAGACAUUCCUUAAUUCUUAAUGUCAGCUGUAUGAAACUAACAUCUGCUUGUCUGAGCUAGUUGAAAGGGUAUGUCUUGGGAACCGACUGGCGCUAGCUCAUAUACUUUAAGAUGAAACUUUGCAUGCACAUUUAUUACGACUGUAUUGAGUACCUUGGUUGCCUGUUUCAUGGUUAUGGAUUUAGGGCACGGUGACCACUUUUUCAAUGUUUUUAAAUUUAGAUCCUUACAUACCUUUCCUUGUACAUGUAUCACAAUACCAGGACAAUAUUAUGCUUUCUGUCGGUAGUUGAAAUGUAUGGAGUCUCUAUGUGGAAAUAGGAUUGUGUUGUGUUGAACUGUAUUAAAAAGACAGUUAAUUUAAGCCACUGUUAAUGUGUUUAUUUAAUGUGCUGUUACUUUUCAAAAAUAUUAAAUUUUUGUUAAUUUCUUUUUUAUUGUGUGACAUCUAAGAAACAUCUUAUCAAUUUCAUUAUUGCAACAUUAAAAUCGAUUUUUAACUUCCUACCCUUGUAAUCAAUAAUGGAGUAAAUAAUUUAAUAAAAACAUGUUAAAAGCAUUUCAGUAGUAGCAGAUUCUAAUAAUGAAAAAGUUAUUGUAGUUGUUACAGUCUUAACUUUAAUGACAUCCUUCUACGGACAUCUAGUGGUAAGAUGUUGUAAUGCAUUAUAAAGUUGGAAAGUACUCUGCACAUUAGAGUACUGUAUAUUACCUUGAAGAAAAGCUGUUUCCUACGUUUCAAAAACAGGAAAAUGAAAAGUUUUUUUUUUUUUCUUUUUUUGUUACUUAGUCAAUAGUGCCACUAGGUCACAAUGCAUUUAGCAUGGUGUAUAUGUUACAGUGUAUUUAAUGUUGCCGAACUGUUAACUGUAAACUAAAAGUGUUUAACAUUUGCAAUCAUAUGCUUAGGUAAACCAUGUAGGGAAAUGAUGUCAUCUGUUAUUAUGACACAGCUCCUUUGUAGUUUUAAAUUAAUAUAUACUUUUUAUCAGUUGUAAUGGACAUAACUAAAUAGAGGCUGGCUCCUCACACUUUUUAAAUAACACUUUUACCUCACUGAAGGUCAGUUUCCAGGAAUACAUUAAUUGCUUUGUUUUAGUUGAACAGUGGGCUAAAUACAUCUUGCAACAGGAUGGCAUAAAGCUGUAUUCUGUUUUCUAUGGCGGGACGUAAGUUAAGUUCAGAUGUCUCCACUUGGGAACUGGACGAGACAGUCCAGUCAACUGAAAACGGACCGUUGGCUAAACUUCUGAGAUCUACGGAGUACAACCUCUUUCCGCUGUCAGCAGUGUUUGAAAGUGAUUUCAUACAAGUGACAAAGAAUGGAAACAAUGUAGAUCUGCACAACAUCCCCAUAACCCUGACACUUGGUGUAACAUCUACUGUGCCAUCACUGCCUCUCCCAAACAUACUGCUGAUUGCAAGGAUAGAGGUUCCAGAACCUGAUAAUGCAACACCCUACACAGAACUCUCCAGAAUAGUUCCGCUCAAGUUUGUAAAAUUAACAGUCUGCGAGAAACAAAAACACCUGCUUAAACUGCGAAUGGCCAAUGGGAAAUCUUACUACCUGUUGCUGGACAGUAAUCAUCCAGAUAUUGUCUUCCUGAAGUGGACACGUCUAAUUCACAUCCUUCGCUGUGGACUCUCCAUCACUUUUAAAGACCCAUCUGUUCAUAUGCCUCGGACAAACUUUUGUGAUUCGUACAGCUCCUCAUCUAUUACAUCACUGGAGGACUGUGAAACACAGAGAGAACAUCAGAAAGAAAGUGAACAAGGAAAAAAAGAGAACCCUAGUCGAGGUCAAUACCAGUCACCCUUUCAGAAAUGCAUGCCAUUCCAAAGAAAGCCAUCCCUGCAAGCAACAGAUGUCAAUGAAAAGAAGAGGAUCCCUUGUGAAACGGGCUACCAAAGAGAAAAGGAGCAAACAUUGAGCUUUUGUUACUGCAACAAGUGUGAUUACUGUCUUCACAAGCAUCUGACAAAGAGUGAUUUAGAAGACACUAAAGAGCAAUCAGAAGAUAUUUCGUAUGAAGAGAUGGAUUAUGGACUCUGGGAACAAGACGCACCAGCACUAAUGCCACUUUCCCGUCUCAGUGGCCUCAUUGCCACAGGGCGGGGGUUUAAGACAUUGUAG